AUGACAAUCUUUGAUAGCGACGAAGAAGAGUUAGUUACUACUCUCAGUGAUUUCGAACCACCAGUUCAAAUUGAUACUUCAUUCAAUAAAUUUAUUGUAGUUGAUAAUAUUCCAGUUGCACCAGAGGCAAAACACGAGAAAUUGAAAUCUAUUUUAGUUAAAAUCUAUCAAAAUAGACCAGGUGCUGAAGUUGUUGGUAUUCAUUUAGCAUUAGAUGCUCAAAGAAAUACUAAAGGUUUUGCAUUUAUUGAAUAUUCAAAAAAAGAAUCAGCAAUUGAUGCAGCAACUUCAUUAAAUAAUUAUCCAUUAGAUAAAUCACAUACAUUAAAAGUUAAUUUAUUAGAUGAUUUUAGCAAAUUUGCCAAUUUUGAAGAAACUUAUAAACCACCAACUAGAGAAGAUUUUAAACCAAAACCAAAUUACAAUCAAUGGUUAUCAGAUCCAAAAGCAUUGAAAGGUUAUGACCAAUUUGUAACACGUUAUGGUGAUUAUACAGAUAUUUGUUGGAAUGAGAUGCAUGUUGGUAAACCAAUGGUAGAGAAAUCAUCGGUUUCAUUGACCUCAUCAUACGUUCAAUGGUCAAACACUGGUAGUUAUUUAGUUACAUUCCACCCAGACGGCAUUGCUUUGUAUGGUGGUAAAGAUUGGAUUCAAGUGAAUCUUUUCGAACAUCGUGGUGUUCAAUUGGUAGAUUUCUCACCAGAGGAUAAAUAUUUGAUUACAUUUGCACCAAUUGCAUCCGAUAAUCCAAACUCACCAAAAUCCAUCGUAGUAUGGGAUGUACGUAGUGGCAAGAAGUUGAGAUCAUUCUUGGCCCCACCAAAGGAGCAAUUCACAUGGCCAGCCUUCCAAUGGUCCGCCAAGGAUAAAUACAUUGCACGUAUCGAACAGUUGGAGAAGGGUAUCAACAUCUAUGAAACUCCAUCAAUGAAUCUUUUAGAUGAUAAAAUUUUCGAAGUCAAAGGUAUCAAAGAUUUCAGUUGGUCACCAACCGAUUUAUCAUUGGCCUACUUUGUACCAGCAAAUGAUCCAUUACCAGCAAAGAUCUGUCUCGUUGAGAUGCCAUCCAAGAAACUCCUCGCCGAAAAGAGUAUUUGGGGUGCCACCGACGCCCGUUUCCAUUGGCAAAAUGAAGGUGCUUAUCUUUGUGUAAAGACCGAUAAAGUUGCCACUGGUAAGACCAAAAAAGAAAAGAUUCCAACCACUAGCUUUGAACUCUUCCGUACUCAUGAACCAAACGUACCAAUUGAAUCCUUUGAAAUUCAAUACGCAAUCAAAGCCUUCUCUUGGGAACCAAGAGGCAAGAGAAUUUGUAUCAUUCAUGGUGAAUUCAAGAUGAACAUGUUUGUUAGUUUCUUUGAAGUUCAAAAAACAAGUGUUAAACUCAUUAGUAAAUUAGAGAAUCGUAAAUUGAAUACCAUCUUUUGGUCACCACGUGGUACUUUGGUAUUAUUGGCCAAUUUGGGUGACACUGGUGAAUUGGAAUUCUACAACACUCAAGACUGUGAAUCCUAUGGCACUCAAGAACAUCUCCAAUGUACUGGUGUCGAUUGGAAUCCAUCUGGUCGUUAUGUUACCACCUUUGUUAGUCAUUGGAAGGUUCAAACCGAUACUGGUUUCAACAUUUGGUCAUUCAAUGGUGAUCUCGUCUACUCUGUACUCAAGGAUCGUUUCUUCCAAUUCAAUUGGCGUCCAAGACCAAAAUUCAUGCUCACCAAUAAAGAAAUCAAUCAAAUCAAACAAAACAUCAAAAAAUAUCAAGAGAAAUUCGAUAAACAAGAUGAAGAUGAUAAUAAAGCCAUUCAACAUAUUGAACAAACUCGUCUUGAUAAUUUAAUGAAAGAAUUUUUAUCUUUCCUUCAAAAAGGUGAACAAGAAUAUCAAGCACUCGAACCAACUAGAAAACAACUUGGUUCUUAUGAAGAUAUUGAUCCAAAUGAUAUCUAUGAAUCAAUUGAAACAAUUGAAGAACUUAUUGAUAUUAAAACUAUUGUUUUAAAGAAAAUAAAUUAA